AUUCCAGGUUUAAAGAUGGCGGCUGAAAGAGUCCAGAUUUCAAUGCAAUGCAAACGUCGGGCCGGAAGCAGAGGCCGGAAGCGACUCAGAGGACCGGAAUUGGUUGCUGCGGCGGUUGUUAGGCGACGAGGGAAGAUGGCGGAGAACAGCAAAAGCAAGAGCGGGCCCGCGGCGGUGGCGCCUUCGUCGGGCGGAGCGGGGGCGGCGAGCAAGGCCUUGACGGCCGAGCAGGUAGUGGCUGGAUUCAACCGCUUGCGCCAGGAACAGCGAGGCUUGGCCUCCAAAGCGGCAGAGCUGGAGAUGGAGCUCAAUGAACACAAGUUAGUUAUUGAAACCCUCCGGGAAGUGGACGCGACCCGGAAGUGCUACCGGAUGGUGGGUGGGGUUUUGGUGGAGCGCACCGUCAAGGAGGUCCUCCCGGCGCUAGAAAGCAACAAAGAACAGAUCCACAAGAUCAUCGAGACGCUGAGCCAGCAGCUGCAGGCCAAAGGCCGGGAGCUGAACGAGUUCCGGGAGAAGCACAACAUCCGCCUGAUGGGCGAAGAGGAGGCCAAGGGGGCGGCGGCCAAGGAGGGGGCCGAGGGGGGCGGGGCCAAGCCCAGCGCGGCGGGGGUCCUCGUCUCCUAGCAGACCCCCCUCCCUUCCCCAAAAAAAGGACUUGACACCCCCUUGCAGCUCUCAAGAAGGCCCCCGCUACAUUAUUUUCAGCCAUUUGUUUCGGGCGUCCUCUGCUGUCAUGUAAUAUUUUUUUGGUUAAAAUAAACGUUUUCAUGUGCCCGAUAA